CAGUCAUAUGACUUCUACUUCCUGGCACAGUCAACGCGUCUGACUUCUCUCUCUCUGUUCACUGUUUUUAUUUUCCUCUUCGUUGAUUGAAGAUUCAAACCCGCUGCGAUCAUGUCCCGAUAUGCUGCAUUUGUUGUCGUCCUUUUUGUGGGAGUCGCGUUCCAGCUGUCCCAUGGCAUUGAGGUGAAUGUCACAGAUGAGGGAAAGUUGUGUCUUUACGCCAACCUGGCCCUCAACUUCUCAGUCUCCUAUGAGGUCGCUGGUAAGAACUUAACCGUUGAAAUUGGACUUCCCAAGUCUGCUACGUCAGAGGGUAGUAAAUGUGACAGCACCAGCUCGACUCUGAAGCUCAGUUUUGCAGAGGGACACUCCUGGAGCAUUAAUUUCACCUUAAAAGACAUAAGUUACCAGGCAGACGUCAUAACCUUUGCCUACAAUCUAAGCGACUCAUUAUUCUUUCCAGGUUCUUCAGCCAAUGGAACCGUUACUGUGACGGCAAAACCUGACAUUACAAACCUUGGCUUGGGCACGUGCUACUCUUGCAAAAGUGAAGAGAUUAUCCAAGCUUCGCCACAGGUCAACAUGACGCUGUCAAACGUGCUCAUACAGGCCUUUGUCGUUAAUGGAAGCAAGAGCGAGAACCUAACAACUUGUGCCGCGGAUCAACCUAUAACUCCCACCCCCACCCCCACUCCCACCCCCACCCCCACCCAUGUCACCAAUACAACCACUGCAGCACCAACCCCAAACACAACGACCACUGUCAUUCCUCCAACCACCCCAACACCCACUCUCCCCACUCCCACCACUGGGAACUACUCCAUCAAGACUGACGCCAACGGCACAGUCUGCCUGUUGGCCAACUUUGGCCUGAGGAUUAGUUUCCAACAGGACAAGAAAUACCGGGAGGUGAACUUGGAGCCUCCAGCUGAAGCUUCUGGAACGUGUGGAGUCAACAGCAGCGAGCUUGUGUUGGCGUCUAAAGACGUCACUGUUCAGCUCACUUUCACCAAUGAUUCAACGAAAUUCCGCCUGAACGCAGUAAACGUCACCGUCACUACCAGCUCCGGUGUCUUUGUUCAGACCAGCAACAACCUAAGUCUGUGGGAGGCCACUGUCGGCAGCUCCUACAUGUGCAACAAGGAGCAGAACUUCACCAUCACCAGCCUGCUCUCCCUCUACACCUUCAAUCUGCACGUGCAACCAUUUGGAGUGAAGAACGGUCUUUAUAGCACAGCCCAUGAAUGUUCAUUGGAUGACACCAACAUCUUAAUCCCAAUCAUUGUUGGCGCUGCUCUGGCUGGCUUGAUUCUCAUUGUAGUGAUCGCUUACGUGAUUGGUCGAAGAAAGACCCAUGCUGGAUAUCAGACCCUUUAAAUCCAGUGUGCGUUUGUUCCUGAGAUGUCACCGGGUUCCCAAGCAUGGUCCUUGGGUUUCAAUUUGGCAAAUGUAUUUAAAAUCCAAAAGGACUGAGCAUUGAAAAAUGACCAUUUUAGUAUCAGUUGGUAAUAAAAUCAAGGAAAAAACAUGAUAUGAGCUGUAUUUCUCAUCAGGACUAAAAAUUUUAAUAACAAAAAGACACAUUUAAGAUUUCCCUCAAGGACCAAACUUGUUUAUCCUCAUAGUUUGUUUUUAUCCUGUUGUCUUUUCCAUUUGGCUUUUUGUUAACGCUUAAGUUGAGGUAAACACGGUCACACGAAAGCUUAUGUUCUGUGUGCAAUAUGUACAAUGUGCAGGUGCAGAAACACUUGAACCUUUAAAGCUGGAAUAGUUUUUCACACAAGAUGUUCAGCUUUAUGAUCCUGCACUUGCACAGUGCACAUUCCCUUUUUUUGUGUUUUUUGUUUAUGAUUUUGCGUUUCAUCCCAAUAAUUAUCAAAUGAUGUUGCUCAAGCUGCUUUCUGUUUUUAGUCCCAGAGUUUCAUUAACAUGGAUAAGGGAAGUGGGGUUUUUGACCUGUUAUUCCCUGUAUAUCAGAAGAAAUCUUGGAAAUUAAGUUCAGACUUUGAGGCUCUAAAACCUGAUUGUUUUUCUUGAUCGGGAUCAGGCAGUUCAAGUCCAGAUAGAAAGGAUCAUUUAAGCGUCUCAUUCAGAUUUAAAGUGCAAGAGCAAUACAUGUGAUGAAGCCAUUUAUUAAAUUAACCUGUGUAUGUCUUGUUUUUAUGUUUGCACACACUCCAAUCAAAGCAAUCCAGAAAGUAAGGAAAGAGCCACUGGUCCUUGUUUUUUAUUUCCUUUCAACAAACACGAUGGCAUUAGAGUUAGAAAAGGGAAUAAUAUUAGUCACUUUCACAGCAGAUAAUUCUGAAAUCAGGAUAUUUGCAUAGAAAUGCACUAAGAGAGUCUUUUGUGUUGCUUGUUGUCACAUUAUCUCACCCGUGUUGAGGUUAGGGCUUUAGCUGGUGAGGAGGUAGUUUACAGUCCUCAAACCUUUUCACCUUGUCCUUGAAUAUAAGUGACUAAAAAAAAUCCAAAUAAAGCUUCAGAGAAUAUAACAGGAAACGUUUAAUAUCUUUUGUUGGUUUGUUCUCAUGGAGAGAGUUGAAUAGCCACAGGUUGAAGCUGCUUCGCUGUUGCUCGGCAUAAAGACUGGAACCAUUUUUAUGUGGAGAUGCACCGUUCAGGCCUUUCCUGUUCUGCUAAUUGCUGUUUUUACUGAUUCUGUAAUGUAAUGCACUAAAAUUAAAUAUAAUUCAUUAAAAGAUGUUAUUAUACUGACAUUAACGAACACACUGUUAAUUUAUAUGUUUGACUGAAAAUGGAGGCAGUUCUUGGUUAUUUUGCAUCUAAUAAAUAGAAAAUAAUUUUCUUUGACCUUCUGAUCACAGAUCAGAGGAAAAUAGGCCAGUUUCAAUCUCCAGUUGGUGCAUCUCUUGCUUUUACUUGUUCUAUCUGCCGCCAACGCUCUACAAGCAAGUAAAGCUUCGCUAGCUUUUCCCGUUAUUCUGCUGAAAGUCCAGUUAUCCUGUAGGUUUUAUUAGAUUUCCAGCCUCUCUAGCUUCACCCACUUACUACUUUGUGCUUUUAUAAAAUCUUUUAUAUUUCCUGGUAGAAAGUUCUGGAGCUCGUUGGAUCAAAAACGUUUUCUGGAUUGAAGCAGUUUCAGGAAUGGUGAUUUUGAUAGCGACAGACAUGUUGUGACAUGGUUGUAGCUGUGCAUUAGUUUUAGCAGUGUGUUGUGUACUUCUUGCAUUGUUUGCCCUGAUAAAAUUUGCUUUCACAGGUUUAUUGUACAUGUGUAUGAACAACUGCGUUUAAUCAGAUAUGAGCUUUGAUUUUUGUUUUUGCUCUUGAUUUUUGUCGUCUUUGUGUAAAAACUAUGUUGCCUUAAUUAUAGAUGGUCCUGUAGCACCAACAAAGCUUUGAACUGGACUUGCUUGUCAUUCUGACGUCACGUCACUCAGUAAUAUGCAUUUUGCAUUCAAUAAAUCACUGAUUCUGAUGCGUUUGGGACAUAGUUGCACAUGUUAAAAACAAAAAGGGACUCUGUGCUGCAGGACCAUCUCUGUUGACGCCUUAUGUUGAGGGAAGUGACUGCUGGUUCCAUCUGCAUUAGCCUCAUGCUUUCAGCCACAUUACAUCUGAUUUCAGUUUGUGUGAAGGAAGCUUUUUUAGUAUUUUCAAUGGAAAUAAAAAUGUUUUGAAAAUGUAAA